AUGGUGAGCGACCGCGUCGACGAGGUGAAGCUCGUCAUGGCCGACAACAUCGAGCUCCUUCUCCACCGCGGCGACAAGCUGGACGAGGUUGACGAGAAGGCGAGGCAGAUGAGCGUGAUGGCGCGUGCCUUCCAGAGGCGCGCGCGGGACGCCAAGCGGUUUCAGCUCUGGCAGCAGGCCAAGUUCGGCCUCGCCGUGGGCACGGCGGUGACCGUCGGAUCCGUUUUUGGCAUGCGACGUCCCUGGUGCACCAUGUCUGUCUCUACGUGCCGUAGCUACGUGUUCUUUCUACUUUCUGAGUAUGUCGCGCGCGCUUACCCCUAA